AUGUCUGGACCAGUUGCGCGACUGGCUGGCCUCAAGGUCGGCCCUGCGCAGGACGAACCCAGUGGUGAUUUUGGUCUUAUUGGCCUGGCCGUUAUGGGUCAAAACUUGAUCCUCAACGCUGCCGACCAUGGCUUUACCGUUGUUGCCUUCAACCGGACUGUGUCCAAGGUUGAUCGCUUCCUCGAGAACGAGGCCAAGGGCAAGUCGAUCGUCGGUGCCCACUCCAUCGAGGAGUUUUGCUCCAAGCUCAAGACGCCUCGCCGUAUCAUGCUUUUGGUGAUGGCCGGUCCUGCUGUCGACGACUUCAUCGACAAGCUGCUCCCCCACGUCGAGAAGGGUGACAUCAUCAUUGAUGGAGGAAACUCCCACUUCCCGGACAGCAACCGACGUUGCAGAUACUUGGCUGAGAAGGGUAUCCGAUUCGUCGGUACCGGUGUCUCCGGUGGUGAGGAAGGUGCCCGCUAUGGUCCUUCCCUCAUGCCCGGUGGUAACGAGGAGGCCUGGCCAUUCAUCAAGGACAUCUUCCAGAGCAUUGCCGCCAAAUCCGAUGGUGAACCGUGCUGCGACUGGGUCGGUGAUGAGGGUGCAGGCCACUAUGUCAAGAUGGUCCACAACGGUAUCGAGUAUGGUGAUAUGCAAUUGAUCUGCGAGGCCUACGACAUCAUGAAGCGCGGUCUUGGUAUGAGCUACAAGGAGAUGGGUGAUGUUUUCGCCGAGUGGGACAGCGGUGUUCUGGAUUCUUUCCUGAUCGAGAUUACCCGCGAUGUUCUCCGCUUCAACGACGACGACGGUACUCCUCUUGUUGAGAAGAUCCUCGACGCUGCUGGCCAGAAGGGAACCGGCAAGUGGACUGCCAUCAACGCCCUCGACCUUGGUAUGCCCGUCACUCUUAUUGGCGAGGCUGUCUUCGCCCGUUGCUUGAGUUCCAUCAAGGAUGAGCGUACCCAUGCCUCCAAGGUCCUCAGCGGGCCGAAGCCAAGCUUCACUGGAGACAGAGCCCAGUUCUUGAAGAACCUCGAGCAGGGCCUGUACGCGUCCAAGAUCAUCUCGUACGCCCAGGGCUUCAUGCUGAUGCAGACUGCUGCCAAGCAAUAUGGGUGGAAACUCAACAAGCCAUCCAUUGCCCUCAUGUGGCGUGGUGGUUGCAUCAUUCGAUCCGUCUUUUUGAAGGAUAUCACCUCCGCUUACCGCGAGAACCCGGACCUUGAGAACCUUCUGUUCAACGACUUCUUCAACAAGGCUAUCCACAACGCUCAGGAAGGCUGGAGAGAUGUCAUCGCAUAUGCUGUCAAGGCUGGUAUCCCCAUGCCGGCGUUCUCCACCGCGCUGUCCUUCUUCGACGGCUACCGUACCAAGGACCUGCCCGCCAACCUUCUCCAGGCGCAACGUGACUACUUUGGAGCCCAUACUUUCCAGAUCAAGCCCGAGUUCGCCAACGACAAGUUCAAGGUCGGCGCAUACAACCAUGUCAACUGGACCGGCCGUGGUGGUAACGUUUCUGCCUCAACCUACAACGCAUAA